AUGGCAAUGUUAGAAAAUCUAUCCACAGAAACAGUUCUAGAAAUACUCCAGCAUGUGGAGUCGGCCCGCGAUCUUGCUGCGCUCUCGAUGCAAAAUCGACGCUUUCGUGCUAUUAUUGAUAUGCCAACCCGUCGCCGGUUUCACUGCAUCCGCGUGCGCGACAAAAAUCUGGACGAAUGUUAUAAGUUGCUCCUAGAGAUCCUGCAAAAACCUUCCCUUGGCUCCCUGGUUCGCGAGGUGGAGGUGAAUAGGGUGGGUCGUUGGACUUUCACAAACGGCGACCCGUGUGAAAGAGGUAGCCAAGUCGAAGGAGGUGAUGUCUCGCUCCUUAGGAAGAAAAUUAGAAUGGCAGGAUUCAGCUGCCAAAGGGAGGAGAAUAUCAUGAUCGGGAUCUUAAAGGAGAGAAUGUCAGGAUGGAAAUUAAGUGAAUCAACACAUCUCUUCCCUACAGAUUUCGGGGCCAUCGUAGGCAUGCUGCUACUCGCCUCGUGUCCAAGCAUCGCGAAGCUGGAACUGGGCGACAUUGCAUUCCCAAUAGAGGGAUUUCUGACUCGCGCGAAUGCGAAGAAAACGACAGCUAAAGCUCUCCGGAAUCUGCGCGAGGUUAGGCUAAUAGGCUUAAACAACACCAUGGACGAUGAUGAUGCAUUUUACCACGAUUACGAUUUGACCAAGAUGUUGAAGUUUUUCCACAGAUUACCGGCGAUAGAGAAGAUAAGUGUCGAAACAAUCAAGAUCGGGGCGAAUGGACUGUUUAAACUCAGCCCUGGAAGGUCCAAUCUCCGCAAGAUCCACAUCUGCCAUUCGAACUUGAAUUCGCGAUACCUUGCAAGAGUCAUUGGACAUUGCAAGGAGCUUGAAGAGUUUAAGUACACGAUCGGGCAGCGGUGCACCCUCUACCCGGCCUCUAUAAAACCCAAAACACUUGGGAAAGCGCUGUGGAGCCAUAGGAGCACUCUGCAAGUUCUUGACCUGGAUCUGGACAAUCAUAUCAGCUAUGGCUACGGGCCUUGCGACGAGUUUGAAAAUGAACGUUACGAUUUUUCUGAUGCUCUCUUGACCCCCCAACCAUCUGAUGAUGAGCUCAAUAAGAAUCUCGACCUUGAUUGUAUUGCCCAGAACACCUUUCGAAUUCCAGGACAGGAUAAAUACGGUAAAACCAUAGGGACCUUUGAAGGGUUUACCGUACUCACUCGGCUCAGCAUUGGCGUAAAGUUGUUAUUAGGUCCGGUAGAAUAUAACCGACGGUCAUCAUAUAGGAAAACGCCAUUGCCAUUUCGGCUUAUCGAUAGUCUGCCGCGGAAGAUAGAAUAUCUCCGGCUUCGCGGUUACAGGGCGAAAGAGAAUGAGAUGUACACCAGCUAUGUGGAAGAGCUCAUGAAUUGUCAAGAAGAAUGUUUUCCAUUGUUGAAGGAAAUCCAUGGUGUCGAGAGGUACAUACUAGGUGUGAAAACACCAGAAAGCUUGGAAUUCUACGACACAUCGUAUCAGCCAAGGGACUCCUGA